CGUACGUCACUGACGUAGGACGUCACAAACCCAGCAGCAGCACAAUAUUGCUCGACGCAUUUCGCCACCUCUCUCCGAGUUUGCGUGUAUUUCUGAAGUAAAUUACCGGACUUAGUUCAUUUUUUCGAGGUGACAGCGGUUUUUAUCCUUCUCAGCGUCAUGGCGUCUGAAGGCCCCCUGAUGAAUGGGGACAUUUCUCGCUCGCCCGGUCAGUUGGGCGCGUUGGAGGAAACCCUGCAGCAGAUGAACAUCCUCAUCCAGGAGAACCGAGACCUGAAAGAGGCCCUGCGCCAGACCAACUUCAUGAUGAAGGACCGCUUCGAAGGUCUAUCCGCGUGGCGGGAGAAGCAGCGGGAGGAGCGGGACUUCCUGGAGAACAGGCUGGAGGACGCUCGGGACCGCGUGGAGGCGCUGACCCUCCAAAACCAGGAGCUGGGCAGAAGAAGGGAGGGGGACGGGAGGACAGGGCCAGCUGUGGGAAGCAUGCUGGCGGUGUCAUCCAAUCAGAGCGCUGAGCUGGAUGCUCUGCGGGCCCAGGUCUCUCGCCUGCAGGCAGAGAAGAACGACCUAGUGGCCAUGAAUUCGGAGCUGCAGCUGAAGACGGACCAGGACUCGCACGAGGACUCCUUCAUUGAGAUCAUCAGGGUCUCGGAUCAAGGCGUAGACAGUGUGAACAAUGCGUGUGGUUUGGAGAGUAGCCGACGUCCAGACCUGAGCAUGACGGCGUCACGGCUGGAAAGCGAGGAGAUGACCGUCAGCCAGCUGCUCCAGUCACUGAGGAACGAGGCGCAGCGGGCCGAGCAACUGCAGGCCGAGCUUCAGUCCUCUGCUGCCAGGAUUAGAGAGCUGGAGAAGAGGAAGACUGGUGUGGAGAAAUCAACACAGACCCCCCAGACAGAGACCAAGGAGGAUUCUGGGAAAGAAGAAAAGGCAGCAUCGGAGGUGGAGAAUCUGAAGUGUCAGAUGAUGACACUGUUCAAAGACCUGCAGCAGGCCCAGAGCAAGUUGUACGAAGCAGAAGGCAUGAAGAAGAACCUGCAGGACAGAUGUCGCGAGGUGGAGCAGGACGUGGUCACUCUGAAGGCUCAGCUGGGGGAGAAGCAGGCCGUUCAGUCUGAGAACGACCGACUUAAGCUGCAGGUGGACAGCAUGCAGUCUCAGAGCCAGAUGGAGCAGAGGAAGGCCGGCGAGGAGAGGUCCAACCUGGCCCAGCUGAAAGAUGCCUACACCAAGCUAUUCGAAGACUACAAUGAACUCAAAGAGGAGAAGAAGAAGAGAGAGUCUCUAAUGGUGCAGAAGGAGGUGGUGGACGAGCUGCAGCAACGUCUGAGUUCCGCUGAAGAGGCCCUGGCUGCCAAACAGAACCACAUAGACAAAAUGAAGCAGGAGAUGUUCAGCAAGGAGGAGGAGCUGCAGACGAUAUCUGUGUUCCAGGCUCAGGCCGAGGUCUACUCCUCGGACUUUUACGCAGAGCGAGCAGCAAGGGAGAAACUCCACGAAGAGAGGGAGCGCCUGGCCGCUCAGCUGGAAUACGUAAAGAAGCAGAACCACCAGCUGCAGGAGGAGUUAGACUCGCUGGGCAGGCAUUCAUUGAACGAGAUGAAGAAGAGACACGUGCCACUGGGAGGAAAUCCACUCGGAGCCGCCGCUAGUCUGGUCGGAAGAGGAGGUAAUGACUGGCAGCAUCAGGGGAAUAUUCCGGAACACGCCUGUCCCAAGUGCAAUGACAUCCUGCCGGACCUGGACUCCCUGCAGAUCCACAUCAUGGACUGCAUCAUCUAGACCUCCACCGUCAAAACAUCCACGACAACAGUGGCUCCAUUUGCACCUCAAUCUAAGUCUUCCUCAGCUCUCAUAGUUUAAUGGUGAACAUUCACCAUCCGAAGGUGAAAACUUUUUGGUAUGGCUUUAUUUAGGGUUCCCCCUGAGAAUUAUUGCUCCCCUCUAAUUUGUUUAAACUUGAGAAUUCCUUGUAAAUAUUUGAAAUUAAAGCAGUCAUUGUACAACAAAUCGUUCAAGUGUCAAGUUUGGAAAAGUUACACAAACACUUCUGUAAUUAGGCGCUGUCAUGCAGACAUUCAAUAAGUUCAGCCUUUGCAAGUUGGGAUAUAACUUUUUCUUUUUUUUUUUCAUCCAAUGGAAUUCAAUUUAUAUUCUUUGCUUGGGAAAGCUGUUUCAGCUGAUGACUGGGUUGUUGGUGUAUGCACAAUGUAGGCACUUAAAUAUGAAUAGAUAUGUUUUAUUCAGAAGAUACCUGGUAGCUGUAAUAUAUUUAACUUGUUUAGUACUCCUUCACUGAAAGCCCAGUCUUUCUAAGUCUUUGUGCAGGAGGCCCAAAGUAGUCUGUAGAUUACAUAAGAUUUCAGAUGCCAUGUUAUACUCCUCUGAAUUGAACUGAAAAAAUAAAAUCUGCAAAUUUCUGUCUUCUUCUGGUCAUAUUGUAACUGUACUGGAAGAUUAUUUGUGUGACUAAGUUUACGAAAAACCCUGCAGUUUCAUGUUUAAUGAUAUAAUUGACUUGAAUUAAACCUGAACGUGGUGAUUAACAGCACGUCCAAAUCAA